ACUGCAGCCGAUUGUGAUUUUGCAAAAUGUCUGGCCGUGGCAAAGGUGGCAAGGGCUUGGGCAAAGGAGGUGCCAAAAGGCAUAGGAAGGUCCUUCGUGAUAACAUCCAGGGAAUCACUAAGCCCGCUAUUCGCCGGCUGGCUCGCCGCGGAGGAGUGAAGCGUAUUUCUGGGCUGAUCUACGAGGAGACUCGCGGUGUCCUAAAGGUGUUUCUGGAGAACGUGAUCCGCGAUGCCGUAACUUACACGGAGCACGCGAAAAGGAAGACCGUGACCGCUAUGGAUGUGGUGUACGCCUUGAAGCGCCAAGGCCGUACUCUGUAUGGAUUUGGCGGCUAAAUUCUUGAUUUCGUAUUCG